GCUGAGGUUGCUUCCGGGUGUUUUUAUUUAGCUAGCAAGUGUUGCUGUCGGUUCAGAGUAAAACGGGGUCAAAAUGAACCGCAUUUUCGGCAGAGGCAAACCCAAAGGACCACCUCCCAACCUUACGGACUGUAUAGGAACUGUUGAUUCACGAGCAGAGUCCAUCGAUAAGAAAAUAGCCAGACUUGAUGCCGAGCUGAUGAAAUACAAAGAGCAGAUGAAAAAAAUGAGAGAUGGACCCUCGAAGAACAUGGUGAAGCAAAAAGCCAUGCGAGUUCUUAAACAAAAGAGAAUGUAUGAAGGGCAGAGAGAUCAGCUGAUGCAACAGUCCUUUAACAUGGAGCAGGCCAACUACACCAUUCAGACCCUCAAAGACACUAAGACAACUGUGGAUGCAAUGAAAAUUGGAGCCAAAGAAAUGAAGAAGGCAUACAAGAAUGUGAAGAUUGAUCAGAUUGAGGAUCUACAAGACCAGUUGGAGGAUAUGAUGGAGGAUGCUAAUGAGAUACAGGAGGCUCUAAGCCGCAGCUAUGGCACACCAGAAAUUGACGAGGAUGACCUGGAAGCAGAGCUGGAUGCACUCGGCGAUGAGCUCCUUAUGGAUGAUGACUCCUCUUACCUAGAUGAGGCCUCCACAGCUCCAUCUAUUCCAGAAGGAGUGCCAGGAGAGAAAAGCACCAACCGGGAUGGCGUUCUGGUGGAUGAAUUUGGCCUUCCUCAGAUUCCAGCUACAUAAGAGGAGACUAAUGUGGCAGCACAUACACAUGUAUCAUAAUAUCUGCCAUGCAACAGACUGGGACAUUUGCAUUUACACUCAUACCUUAUUAUGAAACGGGAUCGCUUACCUUAAAAGCUCUGGGGUCGAGAUACAUUAUUUGUAAACACAGCCAAUUUCUUGGUCACGAUCUCAUCCCAGAGUAUUUCUUAUUGCUCUAGCAGGAAUGUAUUUACCAUAAUCAUCAGGAUUCACUGUUAAGCUCUAUAGUUCUGAUUGUUCUGUUUAAUUUUGACCAGAUAAACAGUUUCUUCAUUUCGUUUUCUAAAGGAUGUACUUGGUUGACUUUGUACCGCAACACUGUGUUGCCAACUACCAACAAAUAAAUUAUUCUAUAUUUGACAA